UGACGCAGCUCGGGGAUGAAUGAGCACGGCGCUCGCGUUAAUAGCCGGCCGGGGGGGCUCGAAGUUGGGAGCAUAUUCCCGUGGGAUUGUCUCUUGGACAGACACUUCUUCUUCGGCGUCUGGUUGAAUCCAGACCCCCCCAACCCCCCCCACUUCCUCUUUACCUUAAAACAAAGAGAAACGAACUCGACCGAUUGGCAACAUAAAUGAUGAAGUUUAAGCCCAACCAGACCCGGAUUUACGAUGGCGAGGGGUUCAAGAGAAGAGCGGCGUGUUUGUGUUUUAAAGACGAAGAAGAGGACGAGGUGCUGCUGGUGAGCAGCAGCCGCCAUCCAGACCAGUGGAUCGUGCCAGGAGGAGGAAUGGAGCCCGAGGAGGAGCCCUGUGGGGCCGCAGUCAGGGAGGUCUACGAAGAGGCCGGUGUGACGGGAAAACUUGGCAGACUCAUAGGGAUUUUUGAGCAAAAUAAAGACAGAAAACACAGGACGUACGUCUUUACCCUCACAGUGACGGAAACGCUGGAAGACUGGGAGGAUUCUGUCAAUAUUGGAAGGAAGAGGAAGUGGUUCAAAGUCGACGAAGCCUUGACGGUGCUGCAGAGCCACAAGCCCGUCCAUGCAGAGUACCUCCAAAGACACAGAAGCACCUGUGACCCCCCCCGCGGUUCGACGUGUAGCCCGUCCAACGGCAACACCCCGAGCUCCCAAGUGACGGACAACAACGCACCUCGCUAUGUCGUCUGCUCCACACAGGGGUCAGAUCUUUCCAACCGAUAGGACCACCACCAGCAGAAAGUAGUUCUCAUCAGACAACAACGCGAUGGAGGUCUGGAAGAGACUCAAGCGUUGAUGGUGUUACAAAAGCAGCCUCUUACUAUGUACAGGAUGGACUUCCUUUACGUUGAUUUGAACCCCGUUUUUAGGUUUUUCCAGUUCGUAUUAAAAGAUGCACAUCUUUUAACGCCAUCUUUUUAAAGAUGCACAUCUUUUAAAAAAUAUCAACAGCUAAUGGAGCGAUCGAUUCCUUUUUUAAAAGGAUUCAGCUCUAUAUGGAUUUUCUCAUUGAGCUGCUUGUACAGCGUGGGUCCUGUUUAGUCUUUAAUGCAGGAUGUUCGACUAGCAGUGCACACAAGUAUUUAGGUUGUUUCUUUGGGAAGUUGUUGCUCUCACAGGAAGUAAUACCUCCACAAUGAAUCGGUGCAAAAUGAAUUUCCCUCAAGUUAUUUUGAGGAGGCGCGGAUGUGCAUUAGUCACUUAUAUAAAUUCAUUUUUCUUGUGAACUGCAGGGACACUUUUGGGAAGCAAAAAUGUAUGUCGCCUGAGCUCAGGUCUUAUUUUGUCUAAAUAGAGCUUAGGGCAAAGUCUGCUUUGCUAUAUAAGUGUGAACAACAUGACCGCUUCUACAAUUACCAGUUUACAACUGCACACAGUGUUCUCUCUAAUCACUAGUUACUGUGUAAUGUCAUGUAGAUCAGGCUUCAUAGCAGCCCCCACACUGAAAUGCAGACUUAAAUUCUUCUUCAAGCAAGCUUUUCUGUGUGUGUGUGUGUGUGUGUGUGUGUGUGUGUGUGUGUGUGUGUGUGUGUGUGUGUGUGUGUGUGUGUGUGUGUGUGUGUGUGUGUGUGUGUGUGUUAGUUAGCCAAUGGUGUUGAGCUGACUGGUAAAUUGAACAGAGUACAGCGGAGUGGUAGUUAUACACGCAUCAUGGAACGGACCUGCAGUCAGCAAGUCAAAACCAGCAAAUGAGCCAAAGUAAGACUGUUCAACAGUAGACCACAUCGUACAAGAAAUGAUACAUAUCUGCAGAAGGCACGAUGAUUAUCAAGUGCAAAGGCCAGAAGGCCUUUUUGUAUUCCUGGAGAAUUACAAUUGUGCUUUAGUCAGAGUGCCUUCACAAACUAUAGUAAAUUGUGUUUAGUUUCUACCAGACACCAAUCAGCCUUACUGGAAGCCAUGAAAUCUUCACAUACAGAUGCGUUUGGAUUUGAACAAUUGGAUGUCGGAGGAAUUGUUACACGAAUGUUCAGUGAUGUGUUGCAUGUAUUUAUGUAUGUUUCAAAAGGGAAAAACACCCCUCCCUUGAUGAAUGGGAAACUAUGAGCAGAAAUCAAACGCUUGCCUGACUGCUUUUGUCAGUGUAUGUUAUAGAUAUAGUAGUAGUAUAGUAGUAUUUUUUUGCAAAACGUCUUUGUGACUGGACUUGUGUGCCAUUGCGUUGUACAUAAAACAUUUGGAUAAUAAAUUAAUAAAACGUACAUUGGA